AUGUCUUCUCUGCUACAUAACAGCAACGAUGAUAUGGCCUCAUCCCUGACUGCAACAUAUCCAUGGACCACAUCUCCACUCAUCAGUUGCGCUCCAAUGCGCCUGAUAGCCAACGCGUCUCUUGCAGCCGCCGUCUCCAUAGCCGGUGGUCUCGGUUUCAUAGGCGCAGGCAGCGACAUCAGCGCUCUAUCUUCCGAACUCUCCCAAGCUCGUGACAUUCUGACCAAAGCCAACGUAUCCACAAGCACCGGCGUCUUACCCAUAGGCGUAGGCUUCCUCAUCUGGGGUGCACCAUUAGCAGAUACUCUAGCCAUCCUCAGUAAACCUGAGAACAUACCUGCAGCAGUAUGGCUCUUUGCACCGCGAGAACCAAAUCAACUCAAAGACUGGACAGAAGGCGUCCGCAAAGCUACACACAACAAAACCAAAAUCUGGAUCCAAGUAACCAGCGUCCGCGAAGCCCUCGAAGCGGUCAAACUCGCAAGCCCCGAUGUGCUAGUAAUUCAAGGCACCGACGCCGGCGGCCACGGUGCAGUCCAAGGUGCCGGCAUCAUCUCUCUAAUCCCCGAAACCAUCGAUGCCAUAACAGAACUCUGCACCUCUUCUCCAUCUAUACCCUUGCCAUUUUUCGUGGCUGCAGGCGGCAUCAGCGAGGGCAGAGGCGCAGCAGCAGCCCUCUGUCUAGGAGCCCAAGGAAUCUGUCUAGGAACCAGAUAUCUCGCCGCAAACGAAGCCACCAUCGCACCUGGAUACCGCGACGCUGUCCUCCGUGCUUCUGACGGAGGAACCACUACAAUACGCUCAUCAGUAUACGAUCAACUGCGCGGUACCACAGAAUGGCCUGCUGGAUACGGAGGCCGUGGUGUGUUAAAUGCCAGUUAUAGAGACCACGAGGCUGGCGUGAGUUUCGAGGACAACAAGAAAUUGUAUGAUGAGGCAAUGGCAUCGGGGGAUCAAGGUUGGGAGGGCGAGAGGGCGAGGUUGACGACUUAUGCCGGCACGGGCAUUGGUCUUGUCAAGAAAAUCAUGAGUGCAGAAGCCAUCACGCGAGAAAUACGACAUGAUGCCUCGAAGAUAUUGUCAGCAGCCUCAACCUCCAGAUUAUGA